CAGCGGAGUACUGCAGAGAGAGGAGCAGCGCCGAACAGCUCGUUAUUCUCCACACAAGGACCUGCUUGAUGUAUCCACUCCAGUGAAUGUGAAAGAUGAGAUUUGGAGACUUCCAGGUAGUCGGAUGAGAUCAUUUGGAGGAUGAUUACACGUUGUGGCCUCACCUUCAGAUGUUCCUUUGAAACGUCACUGGAAACAGAGUGAGGAGACACAAACAGAAGAAGAAAGAGACGCCCAGUAGCCCAGAGGAGACCCCAGCAGACGGCUGAUGGUGGAUUUAUUAUUUCGGCGACAUGCUUUCAGUUUAAGGAUGGAACAGGGGAUUACCAGGAGGACAGGCAAAUCCAUAACAUGUCUUUUUUAAAUGAGGAACAAUUCAGAUGGCGCAUUCGGAGAUGUUAAAUGAAAAGCAAAUAUUGCAAUGAAUGGUAAAUUCAAUGAUUGACACAAAGAGCCGCUCUAAUCAUGGCGAACAGAUGAAUUGGGACUCCAUAUACAGCGUGUACAUGCCUUGAGGAUUUCAUGCUUACCUCCACCACUGACACUCAAAAUGGAUUCAAUUGCUUCUAAUGUUAAGAAGCUUUAAAAACAAUUCUUCAUGUCUUCUUGGCUAUCUCAAUGCUGUCUGGGUGAUAAUGAAUUCAUCAGACUAAGCCACUGUGGAGAAAUGUCUAACGCUAAGAUGCAAUCACUUGUUGGAAGACGAUGUACGAAAGACUGGUUUUCAAAGACUACAACAAUGUACUGCAGACAAAGAGUCUGUUUUUCUGUCCUCCUCAUCCCUAUCCUCCUAAUCCUCUUCUCCCUGGUUACACCCGCUGUGUCCAUUCAUCUGGAGUCCAUGGAGAGCCACAGCGAGUUUAGCUGUGAGCCCAUCAGACUGAGAAUGUGCCAGGAUCUGCCUUACAACACCACCUUCAUGCCCAAUCUACUGAACCACUACGACCAGCAAACGGCUGCACUGGCCAUGGAGCCGUUCCAUCCCAUGGUGAACCUGGUGUGUAGUGCUGACCUGCGGAUGUUCCUGUGCGCGCUGUACGCUCCGGUGUGCACCGUGUACGGCCAGGUGUCCAUGCCAUGUCGAUCCCUCUGCCAGCGCGCCAAGGAUGAGUGCCACAAACUCAUGGAGGUAUUCGGAGUGGCCUGGCCAGAUGACAUGGAGUGCAACAGGUUCCCAGCUUGUGACGAGCCCUAUCCCCGUGUAGAGGACCUGCAGACAGACUCUGACCCCACAGACGAGUCGUCCCUGACGGUGUCCAGAGAGUACGGCUUCUGGUGCCCGCGGGAGCUCAAGAUGGAACCGGACCUCGGUUACACCUUCAUGGGCAAGAAGGACUGCUCUGGCCCGUGCCCCUCGAUGUUCUUCAACCAGAAGGAGCUGAACUUCAUGCGCUACUUCAUAGGAGUCGUGUCUGUUGUCUGUCUCGCCGCAACGCUCUUCACCUUCCUGACGUUCCUCAUCGAUGUUACCAGGUUUCGGUACCCUGAGCGGCCAAUCAUCUUCUACGCUGUGUGUUAUGUCAUGGUGUCCCUGGUUUUCUUUCUGGGCUUCCUGUUGGAGGACAGAGUAUCGUGCAACGCAGCCAGCCCGUCCCAGUUCAAAGCUUCAACCAUUACCCAGGGCUCGCACAACAAGGUAUGCACCCUGUUCUUCAUGGUCCUAUAUUUCUUCACCAUGGCGGGCAGCGUGUGGUGGGUCAUACUGACCAUCACUUGGUUCCUGGCUGCUGUGCCUAAAUGGGGCAGCGAGGCCAUUGAGAAGAAAGCCCUCAUCUUCCAUGCUGUGGCCUGGGGCCUCCCAGGGGCCCUGACUGUCACCCUGCUGGCCCUGAACAAAAUUGAAGGAGAUGGAAUCAGUGGAGUGUGUUUCAUAGGGCUGUACGACAUGGACGCCCUGAGGUGGUUUGUUCUGGCUCCGCUCUGCCUCAACGUGGCGGUGGGAGUCUCUCUCCUGUUGGUGGGCAUUGUGGCUCUGAACCGGGUGCGUAUGGAGAUCCCUCUGGAGAAGGAGAACCAGACCAAACUGGUCAAGUUCAUGAUCCGAAUGGGAGUGUUCUCUGUGCUCUACCUGGUCCCCUUGUUGACUGUGAUUGGCUGCUACCUGUACGAACACACCUACCGGAGCACUUGGGAGAAAACAUGGAUGGAGGAAAACUGCAAGAGCUAUCACAUCCCCUGCCCAUACAAGGUGGAGAAAGCCAAUCGGCCAGCCAUGGUUUUGUUCCUGAUUAAAUAUCUGAUGAUGUUGGUCGUUGGGAUCCCCUCUGCUUUCUGGGUGGGAAGCAAGAAAACCUGUUUUGAAUGGGCCAACUUUCUGCACGGACGCCGGCGCAAAGACAGUGGGGUGAACGAGUCCCGUCAGGUUCUGCAGGAGCAGCCAGACUUUGCCCAGUCUCUGCUGCGAGAACCACACCCCCCCGUCGUGAGGAAGUCCAGAGGGACCUCCACUCAGGGCACAUCCACCCACGCCUCCUCCACCCACUUGGCUGUCCUAGAUGACCUUGACGAACCAAUCAGAACUCACCACGGCCCCCCCACCUCCACCAGGAGUAAAGCCAGCAGCGCCCACAGCAAGACCAGUUACCAUGGCAGCCUGCGCCGCACUCGUGACGACAGGAGUGAUUCUGUGGUUUACCGAGGCACAGAGGCACGCAGUUUCCAUGGCAGCAUGCCGCGUCUGGACCACCCGCUCUCCGCUCAUGGCAGCGUGCAUCAGAUAGACGGCCACUCGAAGCACGGCAGCCAGCGAGACGUCUCUGAGGCCGCAGCGACCCUCAUCACACACGGGACAACAGGAAGUGACAGCCAGGCUGCUCCGAACGACGCCACCAGCGCCUGAGAGGAUUAUUGAGGAGGCUGUGGACGCCUUUGAAGAUUUACCCCCCGCUGAGACACACCCGUCUGUGUUAAGUGUUUCCUCUCUGAAGGUGGAGAGGGUUCCAGUGAUAUUUUGGGUGUUCCUCGCUGAUCAGCAGUGUGGCCACAGCAGUUCAGUCAGUACUCGACUGAUCAUGAGUCAGUUUCACUGUAAAGCUGAAGUUUGUUUACAUAAUUAUUUAAAUUGACAGCGGAUGACUCCUGAAUGCCUAACUCAGACUAACAACAAUACGUCCAUCUCUCCAGACGUCCGCUGACAUGCUGACUUUAUUCAGGGAUCAUUUGGUUGCCCAGGUAAACCAGAGCUGGCACUAGAUAGGAAACAAUGGAAGAGAGAAAGAUGGAUGACCAGCCUUUUGAAGUCGUCACCAUCUUGCUGGACCUAUGUGAAUAGCUUUUGUAACAAUCUUAAAUGGUUUGCCUAUUUUUGACUUAUUUGGGUCUCAGUCUUGACCAAGACUCAAUUAUUCCCGAUCCUUGUUUGCUCUGGAGCGCUUAGUGAACGAUGUUUCUCAGUGUGUGGCUUCAGAGUCCUAUAAAUGUGGGCUUAAUGUGAAAUCGUGGACCUUUCUGUGGUUUAGUGAAUAUUUUUAUACUGUGAAUUGUCUGUCUGCUGCUGAAAGCUUCGUUUAGUGAAUUUGUAUGUUUGUGUGUGAGAGUGAGUGAGUGAGAAAAAGUGGUCUUGAUGUUUUAAACUUAAAUCCUCCCUACAAUGGUAACAAUAAAAGCACAAGGGAGGGGGCUGAAAACCGUGCUAUCCAGAAUGUAAAAAGGUUGUUUCAGAGUCAGAAAGAUGGAGAUAUAACACAGACAUGGUCGGGUGAAAUGAGCUGGAAUUAUAUUUGGUCCAGCUCAUGUGUACUUUUCUACAGACAGUUAAAAAAGGCAGCUUAAAAAAAUUAAUAAUCAGUCGAUUAAGCGAUUGGUCAGUUUUCAGUAAGCUCAUUUAUGUCAUAGAAUCCAAACCCUAGACAGAUUCAGAGUACUGAUGAAAGUAAACCAAUAUGUAGAGUAAUGGGACUCAAAUUCAAGAACACAUCCAUCUCACCAUUCAAGCCUCAUUGCUGCAGAAACUGGAGAGAAAAGAGAAGGAAAACUGAACAAAACUAACAGUGCUUUGAUUCUUAAUUCUGUCACACUUAUGGCUGAAAGGUUGUUCACUGGUGCUCUGCAAAGUGAUUCUUCUGAUAUCAUUUCACUACUUGAUAUACAGCUUAACUCUGUACUGUGCUCUUGGCUUCUGUUUGUUUGUUUUGCUGUUCAGACAUAGAACUCAAAACUCAAAGAGGUGCAGACAUGUUUCAAAAAAGAAAUGUUCUUUAAUUUCGGGUUGCAACAUUUUCUCUGACAUUAUUUUACGUUUAAGUAAAUGUAACAGGAAGUGUACUGACUAUUGUAAGUAUUUUUCUACGGUUUGUGUUCCCCAUCCCUCAUCCCUAAAGACCCAAUUAACCUACCUCACCUGUAUCCCCUGCCUUCUCUGUACACACACACACACACACACACACACACACACACACACACACACACACA